AUGAUCCAACCCUUAUCAGAACCCUACACACCUCGUAAACCCUAUAACUCUAAAUUCCUAUACCUUACGCCAACGAACACCCCCACAAAACCAGGGCCAGUGGAGAAAUCUCGCGCAACACCACACCCACACCCAUCAGCCGCCAUUCGUGUGCACAUCACACGCCACAGCGACGACAUGGGACAGUCCUCUCCUCCCUUCACGCAUGAAGACCACUUCAGCGACAACACACCCACACCCACACCCACACCCACACCCACACACACACACACACCAGCACACACACACACACCAGCACACAUGCACACAUACACCCAUGUAUAUGCCGAUGCGAAGGGAAAGGGGUAUGCGCUGCAAGUCAACGACAGUGGACAGGGCAUGGACAAAGACGACGACGACGACGACAACGAGCCGCUGAAAGACACGCACACGUACAUUGUACGCAACGACGCGCACAGGGCCUUUGCACCUGUGCACGCGUACCCGGACACCCACGACAGUCAGGGCCGUCCCUUGGGCGAGGGGUUAGGGCCGGUGGGUGGGGAUGCGAAUGGAAGGGAUGGUGGUUGGAGGGCAGGCGGUCCUGGGGCUUCUGGGGAGGACAGGGCCGAGAUGGGUGGGGGUGGGGUGGACGGGUAUGCGUACAUUGACGAAGUGAUGGACACGCACGGGCGAGGGCUGACACUCACACAGACCACUGCGCUGGGUGUGGUGAUGGCUAAGCACACACACACCUCAGAGGAGCAAAGGGCAUGGGAGAAGCAACACAUACUCAACACAGACACUCAUUAUGUGCGCACACAGUCACUGACUAAAACACCCACACGCACACGACAGUCGAGACCAUUGCCACCCACGCCACAGACAAACAAGCGAAGACUCUACACUGCCCCGUACAGCACCAGGGCAGCAGAAACACUUGCACCCGCCACACACUCGAAUGAGGGCCACUACACCAGAUUACAGGUGCAGGUGUAUAACGAGGUGGAUUCACAGACACAAAUACAACCACAACGACAGACACAGUCACAAGAACCAAUGCACACAUACACACAGGCACACGCGCUAAUACACACACCGAUGUACGCACAAACAAAGUCUCACACACUGGCACCGCAUCGCACGGGCGUGCCACAUAGUGUCAUCAACAACAAACAUCCACGUGUCAGAUCAUCACCACAACUGCACAUUGACACGGACUAUGUGACCAACACACCCUCAGACACACCCUCACACACACCCGCACACUCACAACCACCCUCACACAUACACACACACACUCCCACGCAGCACAGUCCCCCCACUCCAACGCGGGAGGGGUCUGAGUCGUUGACCAGGCCACGAUCUCUGCCACCCACCCCCACAGGCGGUGACCGCAAAAUAAAGGCCAUGACUGGUCUCCGUUCACCUUCCGAGGGCUCGCGAGGACCCAAAAAACAGGACAAGGACAAGGAUAAGGACAGGGCCGGGCGUAAGAUGUCACACACGCACGCACGCUCUAGUGGAGCGGGUGGUGCCUUGGGUGUGGAUGGCAGGGAUGGAUCACAGACGACAGCACACACAACCACAAACACAAACACCAACACCAACAGAGCCACUGAUCUGGAGACGGAGAGGCUACGCAGCCAGGUGUAUCUAACACGCGACCAGAUACGCGCACGCACUCUUUCUAACAAGGGCAGUGGAUCAAUGCACCCCACAGCCACUACAGCCACUACAACCAGUGGCAGUGGCAGGCUCAGCACACCCUACAGCCAUGCAACCACCACGACGCCCAUAAGCUCAAAGAUUACCACAGACACCAACCCCAACACCAACACCAGCAGUAGUAGUAUCAGCAACAGCAACAGCAACAGCAACAGCAACAGCAACAGCAACAAUAACAGCAACAACACCGCACGCACCGCGGGAUGGGCUGGUAGCCAGGCCACACGGCGCAACAGUCGCCUGUACAGUGCAGACACACUUUCUGAACGCAGCGGCGAAGACGAGAACACCGAUGAAGACAACAGCAACAACAGCAGCGGCAACAGCAACAGCAACAGCAACAGCAACAGCAACAGCAACAACAACAACAACAACAAAGCAACGGGGGCAGCCAAAGGGGGGGCGGAGCAGAGCACCCGGAGCAAGGUCACACAGCCCUACAUACGCACCUGCUCCUCGCCUAUGACCGCCCGCCAGCGCACUCUGUCCAGCUAUGGGAGGUACGGGCUGGGCAGUGCGGAGUCCUCUAAAAAUAACAGCCAAUUGAAUGCAAGCACGUCGGGGGGCACUGCGGAGGACGGUGCCUCCCAAGCGACUGGCGAGGCUCAGCCAGACGACCCGGGCGAACCACAUGCGCACACUAUAGGCGACAACCCUAGCAACCCUGGUAACCAUGGCAACCCUAGGCGCAGUGUGGGUGGGACCAGACCCAACAUAAACUGGCACAACACCAGAGACAGGAAACGGCAGAGGAGCAGUAGCCCCGGACGACCAGUCCCACAACACACCACCCGCAGGAGCCACCUCACACCCGACCAACUGGCCCUGCAGUCCUCAUUCAAUCUGAGCGAAAGCCGGGACUCUAGUGGGACCAAGGCUAGAGCCAGCAAGCAACGCAGCUCCUCUCUCACGGCACAUCACUCGGCGGCUCUCAUGUUGGCUCGGCACAACAGCCGUGGCAGCGUCAACAGCAACUUCAGCCUGGGCAACCACAGUGUGGGGAGUGUGGGGGAACUGAGCAUAACAUCAGAUGUCAGUCGAGGCAGAGAGAACUACGCGUACAUGCGCCAUCUCAAGGGCACCACGGAUCGUGACCCAGACGAGACAAACUAUCAUCUUAACGACAUCCAGUUGUUGCUUUUUGAGAAAGGGCUGCGUGAUUCAAAUAAGAGGAUGUCAGAGUCCGGGUCUAGGAGGGGUAUGACGAUCACCACUGAGCCACGACGCAAAUCCAGUGGAGCGCAGUCCUUUAAGUGGACCCCACAGGAAAUCCUCGACACGACCAUGAGCGCACGUGUACGGUCAUGCUCUCCUAGCGGUGCACCUGCACCCGCCACAACCAGGACCGAUGAGGACCAGGGCACAGGGGGUGUGGUCUAG